CAGCCCCUCCCCUCACGCACGGUCCGGCCCACACCCGGGUUCCGCUACACUCGUGAACCUUAGCGCUCGAUCCAGAACUUGCGGCCAUGGCGAACCAGGUGAUCAGGUGUAAGGCUGCAGUCGCCUGGGAGGCGGGAAAGCCUCUCUCCAUAGAGGAGAUAGAAGUGGCCCCUCCAAAGGCUCAUGAAGUUCGAAUUAAGAUCCUUGCCACUGCUGUUUGCCACACCGAUGCCUAUACCCUGAGCGGAGCUGACCCCGAGGGGUGUUUCCCAGUGAUCUUGGGACACGAAGGUGCUGGAAUUGUGGAAAGCGUUGGUGAAGGGGUCACUAAGCUGAAGGCAGGUGACACUGUCAUCCCACUCUACAUCCCACAGUGUGGAGAAUGCAAGUUUUGUCUGAAUCCUAAAACAAACCUUUGCCAGAAAAUAAGAGUCACUCAGGGGAAGGGAUUAAUGCCAGAUGGGACUAGCAGAUUUACCUGCAAAGGAAAGUCUGUUUUUCACUUCAUGGGAACUAACUUCAGUAAAUCCAUCCAGGAAGUCCUCAUUGAGAUGACAGAUGGAGGCGUGGAUUACUCCUUUGAGUGCAUUGGCAAUGUGAAGGUCAUGAGAUCAGCCCUUGAGGCAGCCCACAAAGGCUGGGGUGUCAGUGUGGUGGUUGGAGUAGCUGCUUCAGGGGAAGAAAUCUCCACUCGUCCA